AUGGCGCGAGGGUUACAAUUGGAACCAUUUGCAAAUCGCGUCACUGAACGGGGUCAUGCGGCCAACGCCCCUUUUCAUCUUAAACAACGGGUCAUGACAGCCUCGAUGGAAGAUGUCAUCACCUCUGAUAGGCUGUCUGCGCUCAUCCGCGCUCUAACCCUAUGGAGAUGGUGGGGACCGUGGGGUAAGAAGGGCGAUCAAGAAUCAUGUACUCAACUACUAGCAUAUAUCACAAUGUUGCACUCAGGCGAUUACAAGAUCCAGAAUUUUUUGCAUAACACCAGUUUCGUCCACAUGAAAGAAGACAACACGGUCGUGGGCUUCGACGAGGCUGAUGUUGUCGAGCUCGUUGUCAAGGACGCGGUUCUAGGUCUUGCGACUCUCUUUGAUAAAUUGAGGGAAAAGUACAUUGAGAUCGAUAGAAAGACAGGCCACGUCAUGGGCAGCGUGGAGCCCCAGAUACUCCAGUUCUCCACCGAGGGUGACGGAAAGUAUACGAUCCAUAAAAAGGACAUCAACGAAGUGUGGGUCCUCAAUAAAGACAAAGCCCGGUGGACCCCGAUCGUUACUGCUCCAGCUCCUCCCCCGAGUGUUCAUGACUUCGAAAAGAAGUACUGGCUGUUUAUCAGGAUGUUUGAAUAA